AUGGGUGACUGGAGCUUCCUGGGGAGACUUUUGGAAAAUGCACAAGAACACUCCACGGUGAUAGGCAAGGUCUGGCUGACAGUGCUGUUUAUCUUCAGGAUCUUAGUGCUGGGAGCAGCCGCCGAAGAAGUCUGGGGAGACGAACAGUCUGAUUUCACAUGCAACACCCAGCAGCCUGGUUGUGAAAACGUCUGCUAUGACAAGGCCUUCCCAAUCUCCCACAUCCGCUUCUGGGUGCUUCAGAUCAUCUUUGUGUCGACGCCCACCCUCAUCUACCUGGGGCAUGUCCUGCACAUCGUGCGGAUGGAGGAGAAGAGGAAAGAGAAGGAGGAAGCGCUGCGGAAGUCUAGCAGACAUCAAGAGGAGAAGGACCUCUUCAAAAAUGGCAGCGGUGGGAAAAAAGAGAAACCACCUAUCAGAGAUGAGCAUGGCAAAAUACAAAUCAGGGGCACCCUCCUGCGCACCUACGUUUUCAACAUCAUUUUCAAGACCUUGUUUGAAGUUGGAUUUAUUGUAGGUCAAUAUUUUCUUUAUGGUUUUCAACUGAAGCCCCUAUACAGGUGUGGCAGGUGGCCGUGCCCCAAUACAGUGGACUGCUUUAUCUCUCGACCCACAGAAAAGACAAUUUUCAUCAUAUUUAUGCUUGUGGUGGCUUGCGUGUCUCUUUUGCUGAAUUUGUUAGAGAUUUAUCACCUAGGAUGGAAGAAGCUCAAACAGGGAAUGAUCAAGGAGUACUCCCCAAGUCACGUACCACCAUGCAACAAAACAGAGCCUGAACCCAUGACCCCCACCCCUAGAACUGCCCCACCCAGUCUUAGCUACCCACUUUAUUACACAGACACCACUGCAAGGGGUCCCCAUGCUUACCCCGCAGCUCCCCCGGCAGAGUUCAAGAUGUCACCUCUUACUGAGGAACAUCACCCAUCCCCUCCCUUCUACAUCAAUAGCAACCAUAGGCUGGCCACUGAGCAGAACUGGGCAAACCUCGCCACAGAGCAGCAGACUCGUGAGAGGAAACCUGCCUCCCCUUCUGCCUCCACCACUAGCAGCGUCCGCAACGAGCACAGCAGCAAGGACGCACUGGCCAGCAGCAAGAGCUUGAGCGCUGGGAAAAGUGAGCAGGAAGAGGGGCAUGUGACCACCACAGUAGAAAUGCAUGAGCCCCCUGCUGUCAGUGACACGCGACGAUUGAGCAGGGCGAGUAAGUCUAGCAGCAGUAGAACAAGAUCAGAUGACCUAGCGGUCUAGCUAUUAAUACGAGUCAUCCAAAUAAAAAUAAAAACAAUGUGAGGCAGGGCACUGGAACUGGGAUGCUCAUGAUCAAAUAUACUGUUAUGCAAUCUGUGAGUUGUAGUUUUAUGUCCAGCGGGUUGCUCUAGACUUUUCCAAAGGCAGUAAAAAAGCAGGAUUAACUAUGAUUGUACAAUGACCUAGUAUGGGUCAACAGAAGCUUCAGGUAAAUGGCAUUAUAAUGUAAAUCUGGUAAUGCACAUAUGUUUACAUUAAACUUUGUUUGCUGACUGAAGUUCCUGAUCUACGGUACUUGAGAACAAUACACACAAGCCAGUAUAAAUCAGAGACUUUAAAUAAAAUAGUUACAAUUGGAAAAUAUGUAUAUUUGUAAAUAACAAAUACAGUACUAUAAUAAAAGUACAUAAUGCAAAAUAAAGUUUACUAAAUAGAUAUUUUUUUAGUGAAUGUUUAGAUCUUUCUAAUACAAUUUAAAAUUGUUCCUCAGGUUUAAGAAGGUUUUGAUAUGCAAAUGUAAAUCAAAUUGGUUGACAUUUUAAA